GCCGCUACUACAUGUAGUGGAACACGCAGCCCACACACCAUGAGGAGCUACAUUGUUACAAUCCGUCCAUUUCCUGCAACAUUCCCUUUUUAUGUUCUCCGAAAGGAAACGGUACUUUGUUUCACCGCCUCGGAUAAUAUAUUAGCCUGUCUUCUAUAUUGACACGGACUGCUGGGAGACGGUAAAACGCGUUAUUCUAUUAUCGAUACGUUUACAUUUUUCCAACGAAUGUGAGCAGCUUAGUCGGGGGUUACUCUCCCAAUUAUUGGGUGAUAAGAAGGGCCAAAAUCUAUUUUAUUUGAUUACCAAUUAAGCUAUAUUAAAUAACGCAGUUGUAUUUGUUUACUGGGGCGUUUUGUCCGCUUCUAAAACGGCUAAACACCUGCUCUGGGGGGUAGAAAAUAACGAUUUGACUUGACAAGAAUAAUAUAGUCGCAUUUCGUUGACUGGCAGCGAGAGCUACUCCCGGACACAUACCAGUCGUUUCCUUGGCUACUCCAAUCCUGCCAGUCGACUAUCUAUGUUUCACCUGGAGCCGACGACUGUGUACACUACUCCAUUUUCUUAUUAGUGGCACAUUACUGAAAGGUAGACGUGCUUCAUGGUAGACGUGCUUCAUGGUAGACGUGCUUCGUGGAAAACUAGAGAGCGAAAAGCGAGACCAGUGAGUGAAAGUCGUGACGUCUCACAAAGCAAGAAUUAAUAAAGGAGCAGAUAUGAAGAGGGUCCGUGGCCAGGUACGGCUGGGUCGGUUAACCGGGACCGGGAUGGGAGACUGCUGAAAGAAGGCUGUAUGCAGCUGUUUUGGGAUCCUCAGCUUGGGAGCAAGAACCGCCUGACAACAUGACUGGGUUCAACCAGCAGAAUGUGGAGGAAUAUUAUGAGAUGGGAGAUGAGCUGGGGAGUGGUCAGUUUGCGGUGGUAAAGAAAUGUCGUGAGCGUAGCUCUGGCCUGGAGUAUGCCGCUAAGUUCAUCCGUAAGCGACGGAGCAAGUCGAGCCGGCGUGGCGUGACCCGGGAAGACAUCGAGAGGGAGGUCAGCAUUCUGAAGGAGAUUCAACAUCCUAACACCAUCACGCUACACGACGUGUUCGAGAACAAGACUGAUGUCAUCCUCAUACUAGAACUGGUGGCCGGUGGAGAACUGUUUAAUUUGCUAGCAGAGAAGGAGUCCCUAACAGAAGAGGAGGCUACAGAGUUCCUCAAACAGAUUCUGGACGGAGUCUGCUACCUGCACUCCAAACACAUUGCACACUUUGACCUCAAGCCAGAGAACAUUAUGUUACUGAACAGAGCUGUGGCCCAUCCUCGCAUCAAGCUCAUCGACUUCGGUCUGGCACACAAGAUCGAUUUUGGCAAUGAUUUCAAAAACAUAUUUGGCACCCCGGAAUUUGUAGCUCCAGAGGUAGUCAACUAUGAACCGCUCGGCCUGGAGGCAGACAUGUGGAGUGUUGGCGUGAUCACCUACAUUCUGUUGAGUGGUGCAUCGCCGUUCUUGGGGGAGAAUAAGCAGGAGACUCUAGCUAACGUGUCGGCGGUGGACUACACCUUCGAUGAAGAGUUCUUCAGCAGCACCAGCCUCCUGGCCAAAGACUUUAUCACCAGGCUGCUUAUCAAAGACCCAAAAAAGAGAAUGACCAUCCAGGACAGUCUACUUCAUCCCUGGAUCAAGCCAAAGGACUCCCAGCAGGCUCUCAGCAGGAAGGAGUCUGCUGUCAACAUGGAGAAGUUUAAGAAGUUUGCUGCUCGGAGGAAAUGGAAGGUACAUUUAUCUCUCUCCCUCUGUCUGUCUUUUUAUCACUCUCCCUUCUAACUCUCUAUCUCUUCUAUCUCUCUCCCUCCUAUCUCUCCCUCUCUUCUAUCUCUCUCUCUCAGUGAGCUCUGAGGGUGUGGCGUAGUGAGCUCUGAGGGUGUGGUGUAGUGAGCUCUGAGGGUGUGGCGUAGUGAGCUCUGAGGGUGUGGCGUAAUGAGCUCUGAGGGUGUGGCGUAGUGAGCUCUGGGGGUGUGGUGUAGUGAGCUCUGGAGGUGUGGGGUUGAGAGCUCUGAGGGUGUGGCGUAGUGAGCUCUGGGGGUGUGGUGUAGUGAGCUCUGAGGGUGUGGCGUAGUGAGCUCUGAGGGUGUGGCGUAGUGAGCUCUGAGGGUGUGGCGUAGUGAGCUCUGGGGGUGUGGUGUAGUGAGCUCUGAGGGUGUGGCGUAGUGAGCUCUGAGGGUGUGGCGUAGUGAGCUCUGGGGGUGUGGCGUAGUGAGCUGUGAGGGUGUGGCGUAGUGAGCUGUGAGGGUGUGGCGUAGUGAGCUCUGAGGGUGUGGCGUAGUGAGCUCUGAGGGUGUGGCGUAGUCAGCUCUGGGGGUGUGACGUAGUCAGCUCUGGGGGUGUGACGUAGUCAGCUCUGGGGGUGUGGCGUAGUGAGCUCUGAGAGUGUGGCGUAGUGAGCUCUGAGGGUGUGGCGUAGUGAGCUCUGAGGGUGUGGCGUAGUGAGCUCUGAGGGUGUGGCGUAGUGAGCUCCUGGGGUCUGGCGUAGUGAGCUCUGGGGGUGUGGCGUAGUGAGCUCUGGGGGUGUGGCGUAGUGAGCUCUGAGGGUGUGGCGUAGUGAGCUCUGAGGGUGUGGCGUAGUGAGCUCUGAGGGUGUGGCGUAGUGAGCUCUGGGGGUGUGGCGUAAUGAGUUCUGAGGGUGUGGCGUAGUGAGCUGUGAGGGUGUGGCGUAGUGAGCUCUGAGGGUGUGGCGUAGUGAGAUGUGAGGGUGUGGCGUAGUGAGCUCUGAGGGUGUGGCGUAGUGAGCUCUGAGGGUGUGGCGUAGUGAGCUCUGAGGGUGUGGCGUAGUGAGCUCUGAGGGUGUGGCGUAGUGAGCUCCUGGGGUGUGGCGUAGUGAGCUCUGGGGGUGUGGCGUAGUGAGCUCUGAGGGUGUGGCGUAGUGAGCUCUGGGGGUGUGGCGUAGUGAGCUCUGGGGGUGUGGCGUAGUGAGCUCUGGGGGUGUGGCGUAGUGAGCUCUGGGGGUGUGGCGUAGUUAGCUCUGAGGGUGUGGCGUAAUGAGCUCUGGGGGUGUGGCGUAGUGAGCUCUGAGGGUGUGGCGUAGUGAGCUCUGGUGCUGUGACGUAGUCAGCUUUGGGGGUGUGGCGUAGUGAGCUCUGAGGGUGUGGCGUAGUGAGCUCUGAGGGUGUGGCGUAGUGAGCUUUGAGGGUGUGGCGUAGUGAGCUCUGAGGGUGUGGCGUAGUGAGCUCUGAGGGUGUGGCGUAGUGAGCUCUGAGGGUGUGGCGUAGUGAGCUCUGAGGGUGUGGCGUAGUGACCUCUGAGGGUGUGGCGUAGUGAGCUCUGAGGGUGUGGCGUAGUGAGCUCUGAGGGUAUGGCGUAGUGAGCUCUGGGAGUGUGGCGUAGUGAGCUCUGAGUCUGUGGCGUAAUGAGCUCUGAGGGUGUGGCGUAGUGAGCUGUGAGGGUGUGGCGUAAUGAGCUCUGGGGGUGUGGCGUAGUGAGAUGUGAGGGUGUGGCGUAGUGAGCUCUGAGGGUGUGGCGUAGUGAGCUCUGAGGGUGUGGCGUAGUGAGCUCUGAGGGUGUGGCGUAGUGAGCUCUGAGGGUGUGGCGUAGUCAGCUCUGGGGGUGUGACGUAGUCAGCUCUGGGGGUGUGGCGUAGUGAGCUCUGAGGGUGUGGCGUAGUGAGCUCUGAGGGUGUGGCGUAGUGAGCUCUGGGGGUGUGGCGUAAUGAGCUCUGAGGGUGUGGCGUAGUGAGCUCUGAGGGUGUGGCGUAGUCAGCUCUGGGGGUGUGAUGUAGUCAGCUCUGGGGGUGUGGCGUAGUGAGCUCUGAGGGUUUGGCGUAGUGAGCUCUGAGGGUGUGGCGUAGUGAGCUCUGGGGGUGUGGCGUAAUGAGCUCUGAGGGUGUGGCGUAGUGAGCUGUGAGGGUGUGGCGUAGUGAGCUCUGAGGGUGUGGCGUAGUGAGCUCUGAGGGUGUGGCGUAGUGAGCUCUGAGGGUGUGGCGUAGUGAGCUCCUGGGGUCUGGCGUAGUGAGCUCUGGGGGUGUGGCGUAGUGAGCUCUGAGGGUGUGGCGUAGUGAGCUCUGGGGGUGUGGCGUAGUGAGCUCUGGGGGUGUGGCGUAGUGAGCUCUGGGGGUGUGGCGUAGUGAGCUCUGGGGGUGUGGCGUAGUGAGCUCUGGGGGUGUGGCGUAGUGAGCUCUGAGGGUGUGGCGUAAUGAGCUCUGGGGAUGUGGCGUAGUGAGCUCUGAGGGUGUGGCGUAGUGAGCUCUGGGGCUGUGACGUAGUCAGCUUUGGGGGUGUGGCGUAGUGAGCUCUGAGGGUGUGGCGUAGUGAGCUCUGAGGGUGUGGCGUAGUGAGCUCUGAGGGUGUGGCGUAGUGAGCUCUGAGGGUGUGGCGUAGUGAGCUCUGAGGGUGUGGCGUAGUGAGCUCUGAGGGUGUGGCGUAGUGAGCUCUGAGGGUGUGGCGUAGUGAGCUCUGAGGGUGUGGCGUAGUGAGCUCUGAGGGUGUGGCGUAGUGAGCUCUGAGGGUGUGGCGUAGUGAGCUCUGGGAGUGUGGCGUAGUGAGCUCUGAGUCUGUGGCGUAGUGAGCUCUGAGGGUGUGGCGUAGUGAGCUGUGAGGGUGUGGCGUAAUGAGCUCUGGGGGUGUGGCGUAGUGAGAUGUGAGGGUGUGGCGUAGUGAGCUCUGAGGGUAUGGCGUAGUAAGCUCUGAGGGUGUGGCGUAGUGAGCUCCUGGGGGUGUGGCAUAGUGAGCUCUGGGGGUGUGGCGUAGUGAGCUCUGGGGGUGUGGCAUAGUGAGCUCUGAGGGUGUGGCGUAGUGAGCUCUGGGGGUGUGGCAUAGUGAGCUCUGAGGGUGUGGCGUAGUGAGCUCUGAGGGUGUGGCGUAGUGAGCUCUGGGGGUGUGGCGUAGUGAGCUCUGGGGGUGUGGCGUAGUGAGCUCUGAGGGUGUGGCGUAGUGAGCUCUGAGGGUGUGGCGUAGUGAGCUCUGGGGGUGUGGCGUAGUGAGCUCCUGGGGUGUGGCGUAAUGAGCUCUGGGGGUGUGGCGUAGUGAGCUGUGAGGGUGUGGCGUAGUGAGCUCUGAGGGUGUGGCGUAAUGAGCUCUAGGGGUGUGGCGUAGUGAGCUCUGGGGGUGUGGCGUAGUGAGCUCUGAGGGUGUGGCGUAAUGAGCUCUGGGGGUGUGGCGUAGUGAGCUCUGGGGGUGUGACGUAGUGAGCUCUGAGGGUGUGGCGUAAUGAGCUCUGGGGGUGUGGCGUAGUGAGCUCUGAGGUUGUGGCGUAGUGAGCUCUGAGGGUGUGGCGUAGAGAGCUCUGAGGGUGUGGCGUAAUGAGCUCUGGGGGUGUGACGUAGUGAGCUCUGAGGGUGUGGCGUAGUGAGCUCUGGGGGUGUGACGUAGUGAGCCCUGGGGGUGUGGCGUAGUGAGCUCUGAGGGUGUGGCGUAGUGAGCUCUGAGGGUGUGGCGUAAUGAGCUCUGGGGGUGUGGCGUAGUGAGCUCUGAGGGUGUGGCGUAGUGAGCUCUGAGGGUGUGGCGUAGUGAGCUCUGAGGGUGUGGCGUAGUGAGCUCUGAGGGUGUGGCGUAGUGUGCUCUGGGGGUGUGGCGUAGUGAGCUCUGGGGGUGUGGCGUAGUGAGCUCUGGGGGUGUGGCGUAGUGAGCUCUGAGGGUGUGGCGUAGUGAGCUCUGGGGGUGUGGCGUAGUGAGCUCUGGGGGUGUGACGUAGUGAGCUCUGGGGGUGUGGCGUAGUGAGCUCUUUGGGUGUGACGUAGUGAGCUCUGAGGGUGUGGCGUAAUGAGCUCUGGGGGUGUGGCGUAGUGAGCUCCGGGGGUGUGGCGUAGUGAGCUCCUGGGGUGUGGCGUAGUGAGCUCUGGGGGUGUGGCGUAGUGAGCUCUGAGGGUCUGGCGUAGUGAGCUCUGAGGGUGUGGCGUAGUGAGCUCUGGGGGUGUGGUGUAGUGAGCUGUGAGGGUGUGGUGUAGUGAUCUCUGGGGGUGUGGCGUAGUGAGCUCUGGGGUGUGACGUAGUGAGCUCUGGGGGUGUGGCGUAGUGAGCUCUGAGGGUGUGGCGUAGUGAGCUGUGAGGGUGUGGCGUAAUGAGCUCUGGGGGUGUGGCGUAGUGAGCUCUGAGGGUGUGGCGUUGUGAGCUGUGAGGGUGUGGCGUAAUGAGCUCUGGGGGUGUGACGUAGUGAGCUCUGGGGGUGUGGCGUAGUGAGCUCUGGGGGUGUGGCGUAGUGAGAUGUGAAGGUGUGACGUAGUGAGCUCUGGGGGUGUGGCGUAGUGAGCUCUGAGGGUGUGGCGUAGUGAGCUCUGAGGGUGUGGCGUAGUGAGCUCUGGGGGUGUGGCGUAGUGAGCUCUGGGGGUGUGGCGUAGUGAGCUCUGGGGGUGUGGCGUAGUGAGCUCUGGGGGUGUGGCGUAGUGAGCUCUGGGGGUGUGGCGUAGUGAGCUCUGAGGGUGUGGCGUAAUGAGCUCUGGGGGUGUGGCGUAGUGAGCUCUGGGGGUGUGACGUAGUGAGCUCUGAGGGUGUGGCGUAAUGAGCUCUGGGGGUGUGGCGUAGUGAGCUCUGAGGUUGUGGCGUAGUGAGCUCUGAGGGUGUGGCGUAGAGAGCUCUGAGGGUGUGGCGUAAUGAGCUCUGGGGGUGUGACGUAGUGAGCUCUGAGGGUGUGGCGUAGUGAGCUCUGGGGGUGUGACGUAGUGAGCUCUGGGGGUGUGGCGUAGUGAGCUCUGAGGGUGUGGCGUAGUGAGCUCUGAGGGUGUGGCGUAAUGAGCUCUGGGGGUGUGGCGUAGUGAGCUCUGAGGGUGUGGCGUAGUGAGCUCUGAGGGUGUGGCGUAGUGAGCUCUGAGGGUGUGGCGUAUUGAGCUCUGAGGGUGUGGCGUAGUGUGCUCUGGGGGUGUGGCGUAGUGAGCUCUGGGGGUGUGGCGUAGUGAGCUCUGGGGGUGUGGCGUAGUGAGCUCUGAGGGUGUGGCGUAGUGAGCUCUGGGGGUGUGGCGUAGUGAGCUCUUAGGUUGUGGCGUAGUGAGCUCUGAGGGUGUGGCGUAGAGAGCUCUGAGGGUGUGGCGUAAUGAGCUCUGGGGGUGUGACGUAGUGAGCUCUGAGGGUGUGGCGUAGUGAGCUCUGGGGGUGUGACGUAGUGAGCUCUGGGGGUGUGGCGUAGUGAGCUCUGAGGGUGUGGCGUAGUGAGCUCUGAGGGUGUGGCGUAAUGAGCUCUGGGGGUGUGGCGUAGUGAGCUCUGAGGGUGUGGCGUAGUGAGCUCUGAGGGUGUGGCGUAGUGAGCUCUGAGGGUGUGGCGUAGUGAGCUCUGAGGGUGUGGCGUAGUGUGCUCUGGGGGUGUGGCGUAGUGAGCUCUGGGGGUGUGGCGUAGUGAGCUCUGGGGGUGUGGCGUAGUGAGCUCUGAGGGUGUGGCGUAGUGAGCUCUGGGGGUGUGGCGUAGUGAGCUCUGGGGGUGUGGCGUAGUGAGCUCUGGGGGUGUGGCGUAGUGAGCUCUUUGGGUGUGACGUAGUGAGCUCUGAGGGUGUGGCGUAAUGAGCUCUGGGGGUGUGGCGUAGUGAGCUCCGGGGGUGUGGCGUAGUGAGCUCCUGGGGUGUGGCGUAGUGAGCUCUGGGGGUGUGGCGUAGUGAGCUCUGAGGGUCUGGCGUAGUGAGCUCUGAGGGUGUGGCGUAGUGAGCUCUGGGGGUGUGGUGUAGUGAGCUGUGAGGGUGUGGUGUAGUGAUCUCUGGGGGUGUGGCGUAGUGAGCUCUGGGGUGUGACGUAGUGAGCUCUGGGGGUGUGGCGUAGUGAGCUCUGAGGGUGUGGCGUAGUGAGCUGUGAGGGUGUGGCGUAAUGAGCUCUGGGGGUGUGGCGUAGUGAGCUCUGAGGGUGUGGCGUUGUGAGCUGUGAGGGUGUGGCGUAAUGAGCUCUGGGGGUGUGACGUAGUGAGCUCUGGGGGUGUGGCGUAGUGAGCUCUGGGGGUGUGGCGUAGUGAGAUGUGAAGGUGUGACGUAGUGAGCUCUGGGGGUGUGGCGUAGUGAGCUCUGAGGGUGUGGCGUAGUGAGCUCUGAGGGUGUGGCGUAGUGAGCUCUGGGGGUGUGGCGUAGUGAGCUCUGGGGGUGUGGCGUAGUG